CGACAACCCAAGGCAGAUCGACUACCUUUCGCACUAGCCAUGCCUCCCAAGUUCGACCCCAAUGAGGUGAAGAUCAUUCACCUGCGUGUGACUGGUGGUGAAGUCGGCGCCCAGUCCGCGCUGGCUCCCAAGAUUGGUCCCCUCGGUCUGUCUCCCAAGAAGAUCGGUGAAGACAUUGCCAAGAACACUGGUGACUGGAAGGGUCUCCGUGUGACUGUCAAGCUCACCAUCCAGAACCGUCAGGCCGCCGUCUCGGUUGUUCCCUCUGCCUCUUCCCUGGUCAUCAAGGCCCUUAAGGAGCCCCCGCGUGACCGCAAGAAGGAGAAGAACAUCAAGCACUCCAAGUCCAUCCCCUUCGAUGAGAUUGUCGAGAUUGCCCGCCAGAUGCGCGCCCGCUCCAUGGCCAAGGAGCUCCGUGGUACCGUUCUUGAGAUCCUCGCCCCCAAGGACGUCUCCGACGAUAUCAAGGCUGGCGAGAUUGAC